AAUUAAUUAAUCGUACAAAUAUUUACCAUCUUAACAAAACUAAAUUAUGUCUUUACAAUUAUCAAGAUUUUUCUAGUACAAAUGUAGUUGUCAUUGUUAAUUAUGUGUUACAAUAUUUUCAGUAUUUAAAUAAAAUGGCUCUAAAGAUUUAAUGUAACUUUGUACACAACUAGGUACCUACGUACGUAUUGCUCGAUGCCUGUCAGCACGACAGACCCGACGCUCAGACAACGCACGAAAUCCUCGAACGGAACACGCAGCCACCACAAUUUUCAUCACUAACACUUUAGUUUUUACACUUCACAAUUAAUAUCGCAUCAGACCAAAAAAUACCUAACUCAUAGCAAAAGUCCGCUAUGUGAGAAAUGACUUAGACCACAAUAUAUCGACACACGCGACGUCUACUCUAAGUAGCUUUGACCGUGACCCACUUAUAUCAAAGCCUACAAACUGCAAAUGCGCAGAGAAGUGCAUCAGCGAGUGCAAUUCGUGUUGUCUGAAAGUCACCAAUAAGCCCAAUGAAGCAGAGAUCCCGCUGGCGAGCGCCAGCACCAACCUAAAUAGACUCUGAUCAUCUAAAUUGACUUCAAUUAAAUAACAACCGAAAUUGUUGAAAUGCGCCAUUACUCCCUCGGCGUUAAUCUAAGUGCCAAUAGUCAGGGCGAAUGUUUUAUUAAUAAUAGCCAGCAAUAACUGUUAAUUAAUAAUUAAGCGAUGGUGUCGUCAAUCGGCAUCAGUGCGCGUGCGUCGGUCGCGGCGCAGCGCGCAUUCACAUAAGCUGCAUCCUUUCAGCAUCCCGUGUUCACGACGAGCUCCUACCGCUGUUACAUUAACGUGCGCUUUGCGGAUUUCUGGUUUAUGCCAAUAGCUCAGGUCAUAAUAGGGGUGCGAUAAAAGCUCCAGUAAACAUGGCAGUAAUCAUUGGUUAAGGGUCCAUGAAAUGUUUGUUUCAACCUGAAAAAUACAUCAUGGACUUACAAUAUUAUGCGUCUUCAUGAUGUUUUAGUUUUUAGCAAGUGUUGUUCAAGUGAUGUUCGAUUGAGAAGUGAUUUUAUUUCCCACGGCUAUAAAUCAUGCAGCAGACAUACGAGUGGUGUUGAUACGGAUUUAUAAUAAAAUACUAUGGAGUUUCAAAAUAAUGAUGUGGGUGUUCGCGCCCUACAAUAGCAACGAUACAAACAAAUAUCGGGAGAUUUUGUGGGAAUCCCGCAUGGUGUUGCGGAGCCGGCAGCGAGAGCGCGACCCGCAGCCGCCGCGCGAGGGGAGCGCCAGCGCCGAGCGCCCCGGGGGAGUGGCUGCACCGCACUGCGAUUGGUCUCUCUGCACACUCCGACCAAUGUCAUAAGCGCCGGUUCGAGAUACUCCAUUCCGUCCCCUCCUGCCCCGCGCUACGAAUUAUAAUAGCACUUCCACGUUCGCUCCCGACUCUCUCGGACGCGCUACUCAUUGGUUCAAAACAUACGUCGAGCGACGUAUUAUGGUAAUAUAAAUUGACCAACCGUAGACCAAAUUCGGUUAGUUCGUUAAAGUUGAUUAAAGCCAUUUAACCGGGACGGACACGAGGAUACGAACGGCGCGAGCGUUCGUCGAUCCCGGGGGUUUAGUUAAAUGAAGUCAAAUUGUUUAAUAUUGGAGUAGAUAAAUCUGUGAGUCGGGUUCGCGAAGGUCGAGGCGAGCUGUGCAGCGGCAGGCAGGAGGCCGCCGCGACGGAGCCGAGCGAGGUGCGCGCCGAGGUAGCGGGCCCGCUGCCGCCCGCCGCCGACGGCUACAUGUACGUUUGCGGGGACGCCGCGCCGGGCGCGCGCUACGAGUGCGCCUUCGACCAAACGCAGCCCAUGGAGCACCCGGCCUUCGACGACCACAUGUUCGGCGAGUACGCCAAGGAGCGCCACGUGCAGGUCGUGGUGGGCGACGUGGCCGACCUGCAGUACCGCGACGAGCUGCCGGUCUUCGCGGCAGGCGGGGACCCCAAGCGCAAGGAGGAGCCGCUACUGCUACAGGCUGUGGAGUCAUCGCCGGCGCCGCACCCGCCGCCACCGCCACCGCCCACGACCUCCAAGAAAAGUGACAAGAAAAAGAGCGAUAAUAACGGAAUUAAGAAGAAGAAAACUCGAACAACUUUUACGGCGUAUCAGUUGGAGGAACUGGAGCGAGCGUUUGAACGUGCGCCAUACCCGGAUGUGUUCGCGAGGGAAGAACUAGCUCUCAAGCUCAACUUGUCUGAAUCACGAGUACAGGUUUGGUUCCAAAAUCGAAGAGCGAAAUGGAGGAAACGCGAGCCUCCGCGUAAAACAGGGUACAUAGGUUCCAGUUCACCGAGUUCGACUACGCUAGGUGGUGGUUUUUCCGGCAUUGGUAGCAACCUGCCCGCGUUCCCGCAGAACGGCCUGCCAGCUCCCGCCGACUCCUGGUCGUACCAGCACUCGUACGAACUUUCGUCACAUCACUUACUAUCGUCUAGCAGCGGGGGAUAUCCGGGCUUCAAUACCCAACCGGCUGCGUAUUCUUACACGACCGUGCUCAAUGGGCAUGACGGUCAGAUGUUUGCUCCGCGGCAUUCCUAUGAAUACGGGGAAGGGAGUCCGCCACCGCUGGGCGUUCGCGACUACCCGAUGAUGGCGGCUCACUCGCCGCAGAUGGAGGCGCACGCGCACGACGACAAGCUGGAGUACCGCUCGCACGAGCACGAGGACAAGUACUCGGCGUGCGCGCUGCAGGACGAGCCGCCACGCUACGCCGCGCCGCCCGACGACUACGACAAGUGCGCGAUGGUGCCGCACGACAAGCACUACGAGAUGGAACGCCACUCAGAUCUCACGCAGCCAGUAGUCGUCAAAAUGGAACCCAGUACCGGCCAGGCAUACACCGCACUGCCCCCUUUUUUGAAUUGAAAUACUCUUUUUCGAAAUUAUCCUAGCGUUAGGUGACUAAGCCAGAAUAAUUUCGAAAGGGAGUAUUAGUAAUAAAUGUACAGAACGGUGGUAAAUGCGUUGUGGGGGUCGACAAGCAGAUCUUAUUAUUUUGUUCUCAUUUUUAUAGAGAUUUUUAUUUGUUUCAACCGCUUUUUUAUAUGAAUAAAUUUACUGAUCUUAUAUUAUCAGGGAUGAGUUCAUAUAAAAUAAGUGUUAAGUAAUAACUAAUUAGGAAUAGGAUAGUGCAUCAUUGUAUGGAAUCACAAAUGUUGAGUAAGUUAUUAGGUAAACUAAGUAUGGAAAUAGAUCUACCUUUUAUAUUUUUGUAGUUAAAAAGUUAAGUUCGCUGUGUUUUAAAGAUUUGCAAUAAAUGUAAAUUAUUACUUAUUUAAAUUAAAUUUAAAUUUACUUAGACAUGACCCAUUUGGGUUUAUUUGAUAGUAUUAUAAUAAAAUUAGGUUAUACAACAAUUAUAACGGCGAAUAUCGGAGAAAUUACUUAUUUAUUGACUUAAUGAAACAAACAGAUGAUAAAUUCUUAUUCUUUAAAAAUGACCUGGCGUUUAUUCAUUUUUGUUAUAUAAAUAUGAUAAACGUUUUGGGUCGAUGCAAAAUAUAAAAACCUUCUAGUUCUGGGUGAAUUCUUGUCACUUGAAACCAAGACUACCAUUAGACCUGUACCUAAUGAUACUUAAGUAAUUUCUCUUUUAGUUGCCUGUAUAACUAAGUAGUAUGAAUAGUAUCUAUCUAAUAUCUAUACUAUGGAGUAAAAUACUCGUAGACUUCGCUUCUCGUGCAUUCCUUGUGCCUUAUCUUGACAGUGCCUAUUAUAAAUUAACUGUUAUAUACUAGAUAGUAUUUCAUAAUUAUCAUGUUCAUACAUGCAUCUUAUUAAGACAUUUUUACGUAAGGUAAAUAUUUUUAUAUACUCAGUUUGUUAAAACGGAGUGUACUUUAAAAAUGUAAGUUAGAAAGUAAAUUGUACAUAAGUUUGAAAACGUGAACAGUUCGUGCCAAAAAUUAAUUAAAAUUAAGUUGCCUUUGUAGGCAGAAAGCAUCCAAAAGGUGCUCGUUAGAGAUUUACUUUUAGAAAAGUUUUAGAUUUACGUAAAUAAGUUUCAUGUUUUAUUUAUUUUAGAAACACAAUUUCCCCUUAAUCCAAUACCUAAUUUAUAUUGAUGGUACCUUAGUGGCCUAUCAUAUACAAACUAGCUUCAAUGUUAUACACCCAAAUGUGUCGAAUAACAUAGUCAAAGUUUUUAUCGAUUCGCGAAUUUAACCAAAGGCUCAUAGCCUGAAGUUCUUUUUGAUUUUUUUUUUAAUAUUUAGGUACCAUAGGUCGUAGAAUUUAAACAUGUCGGUCAUUUUGGGUGGAAGGUUGUGAGACACUCAGUUUCAUCUGGAGUUUCUAUAUUCCAAUAUUAGAUUGGAAUCUUUUAGACCUUGUUAGUUUCCUAAAUCAAUGAUUACCAAAGUUUUUUUUAUUUCAAUUAUGACUCAAAACCCUCAGGUUCACACACGGUCUGACGUCAACGGAAUUUUAUAUGGUACGUACGAAAAGUGCUACAUGAUAGUUAGAGCGAGACGCAUUUAUAGACGUACAGUAGGUAGGAGAGAGAUGUUAAUAUAUUUUAGUUCUUAUCAGACGUGCCAUAUAAAAUAAUCCGUACAUAAGUAGGUUUUUCUGUGCGGGAAAGAAAACUGCUGCGCCUAGUUCAUAAAUUUGAUUAAUGAUUUUGCAGAAAAUACUUAUGACCGAAUAAUUCAACGCGACUAUUUUAAACCGAUGUUAUCUCAUGCUGUCUCUGUCACUUUAACGUGUAAAGCAGCGACAGAUUAUAUUUAAGGAUGUCUUAAAGUUAGUUGGUUAGAUAAAGCUUGUUUGAUAUUAUUAUACUUAGUUAGUAAUUAUUUGUUUGACAUUCACAGAUCGUUAUCUUAAAACAUUUUUAUAUUUAUUAGUUUUCGUUUAAUAUGAAUUACCGUGGUAUAAGUUUGGCAUUUAAAUUUGUCAAAUGUAAAAAAAUAAUAUGUGGAUUAUUUGAUAAUUUAAAACCUACGUAAUACCUAGACACUUAAAUAAGUAAAUUGAUCCGAAAAAUAUUUUCUAACUUGUUGCUGUUUGUGUAAGCAACAAAAUACAGGCCAAAGGUAACCCUAUACAUUAUUAUAUCUACCUACUUGUAGAAUUUUUAAAUAAACAUAUAUCAUCAGGGUUUACUCAUAGUGUCCUAUAUACUUCCGACAUUUUAAUGCAUGUGUAUGUUAGUUAAUAAAACUUAUGUUAAGUUUAUAAGAGCAAUAAGCUGGAUUUUGUAAUAUUUAAUUAUAAGAAAGACGAGAAAUUAUAAUACAAAUGU